AGUGAACCUGUUGUGGCUCACCCCCUGCUCUCUGUGCACAGGUGUGCUGUACCUGCAGUACGGAGACGAGACCAAACAGAUCCGCAUGCCCAACGAGAUCACCGGCAUCGACACCAUCAGAGCUCUGUUCGUCAGUGCCUUCGCGGCGCAGCUCAACAUGAAGAUGCUGGAGUCGCCCAGCGUCGCCGUCUACGUCAAAGACGACAUGAGGAACGUGUACUACGAGCUCACCGAUGUCAGGAACAUCACGGAUCACUCCUGUCUGAAGGUGUACCACAAAGACCCGGCGCAGGCCUUCAGCCACGGACCCCGACCUGCUAAUGGAGACGCAAGG